AUGCACUUCCUCAUUUUAAUCAUCUGUUGCGUACGCGCAGUGCUCACACAAUCCUGCACACCACAAGAUGCUACCUUGAACUUCGAAGAGCUAGCCACAAAAUACGGCUACCCCCCGCAAAAGUACAAAGUGACAACGGAAGACGGUUACAUCCUCACGCUGUACCGUCUACCUGGACCGCGGGAACCGGUCCUGCUGCAGCACGGGACUUUGGACUCCUCAUCCACUUGGCUGUUACGAGGAAACAAUUCUCUCGGCAUCACUCUAGCCAACGCAAACUACGACGUAUGGAUAAGCAAUUUAAGAGGCAAUAAGUAUUCAAGAGACCACACACUCCUGGAUCCAGAUAAAGAUGACGCUUACUGGAACAUAGAUCUGGAUCACUUCGGAACGUAUGAUCUACCAGCGAUCAUAGACACGAUUCUUCAUGUGACGCGGCUGAAGAAGAUUAAAGUGAUCGCCCAUUCAGCAGGCAACACGAUAUUCUAUAUCCUGGGUUCGAUGAGGCCAAACUACAACAAGAAGAUAAAGUUGCUGAUAGCUCUAGCACCCAUAGCAUACAUGCACAACUCAUACAACGCAGUCACCUGGUUAGGAUCGAAUGUAAGAGCUCUAGACGACAUCCUAUUAAACUUUAAUGUCCACGAACUGUUCGGGGAGACGACUCUGCUUCAAAAACUUUUGAAGGUCGUAUGCAACAAUCCACUAAUCGGAUACGAGGUGUGCUUGAACAGGCUACUAUUUCCCCUAACUGGGUUUGACAACGAGCAGAUAAAGCCGGACUUCAAUCCAAUCAUAUUCGGACACUUUCCAGCUGGUUUCCCGAGGAAGAGUCUCCUCCACUUCUCGCAUAUUUGGAGAAGGAAGGAAUUCAUACGUUUCGACUACGGUUCGCAGAACUACCGAUUCUACAAUUCCACUGAACCGCCGAGGUACAACCUGGGUGCUGUUACGAUGAGGAUCGUCCUCAUAGCUGGAAGGAACGAUUGGUUGGCGCCUUUGAAGAAUGUGAAUUUGUUGAGUAAGAAGCUGCCGAACGUGGUACAGUAUAUAAUACAUCCGCUGAAACAGUUCAACCACCUGGACUUCACGUGGGGGGAGAAUGUGAAAGAGAAUUUGUUCCCGUAUAUUUUUGACGCUUUGAAUAUGUACAGUUGA